AUGGACAACUUCUUUGGAGGGAAGGACCCCUUUGAUCACCCAUUUUUCUCCCAGCCUUUUGGUGGAAUAUUUGGCGGGAAAAGCCCAUUUGAUGACCCGUUCUUUAGCGGUGCUUUCGACAGUCCAUUUUCCAGUGGCCCAUUUGGUGAUCGUACUAGUUCCCGGAAACAAAUCAAAAUCGAGGAGCUGAACCCCGAAAAUGAAGGGGGCUAUGAUAGUUCUGUGCCGAAGGAUAUGCCAAGCAAGGAAGUUUCUCUUAAGAACAUGAAUGAAUAUCCAACUGGAAAUCAGAGUUUCAGCUUUCAGAGAGUAGCAUAUGGUGGUCCAGAGGGGUGGUACUACACUUCAUCUGUUGGGAGAAGAACUGGAGGAGAUGGGGUGUUCUUGAUGGAGAUGAAAGAAGAAGACCGAACGGUUGGUGAAUCACUGCAUACAGUUUCAAAAGGUAUACAUGACAAGGGACAUUCUGUAACAACCAAGCAAUUCUCUGAUGGGAAAGUUGAUUCCCUGCAAACUUUACACAAUCUACAGGAAGAUGAGCUAACUGAUUUUCAAGAAAAUUGGAAUAUGAGUGCUGACAAAGUUUUGCCUGGAUGGAAUGACGGCUUUAAUUUAAUUGAGAACUCCGGGUUUAACAAUGGUGCAUGGGAUGAUUAUUUCGGUUGGGGUGGAUGGCCCCGUCUGUCUCUCGGAGACCAUGGGAACACCUGGGAUGACGAUGCUCAUGGAUCAUCUUCAGAUGGACCCUCCCGCAAAAUCGUCCCUGUCGAAUAG